ACUUGUACUCAAUUCACACCAUUUUCACACUUUUGCCUUUGCCUUUGCUAUUGCUUUUACAUUUUAGUCUGAGCUACUGAAAUGAGCAUUUGAGCUCCCUAUUUCCCCUAUAUUUUAUUCGCUCCGUAGCACGUUUAAAUAAUAAUGGCCACAGACAGUAACCAGCAGCCGUCGAUCGAUCGCUGCCGGCCGGGAGCGGCAGAGCUCAUAAGCCGAUCGUUCGCGUACUGGGCGGACAAGCAACUGGCGCCACAGGGCCUGUGGUGGUGGCGGCCGCUGAGCUCCGCAGUGGUGGGCGUGUCAACAACAGCCAUGGGCGUGCUCCUCAGUCUAGGAUUCAAGAGGGUAGUUGUCGAGGACUUGCACAAACUGACAGACAUUAUUGAGGAUCCGCUGCGGUCGCGACCCGUGAUAACCAUUGCCAACCACGAGUCGACGCUGGACGACCCGAUUAUGUGGGGAGUGAUGCCCAUGCGCAUGCGCUGGAACCUGAUUACUCGCGCUGCUGUACAAAACCCGGUGCUGAAUGGAUUCUUUGCACUGGGCCAGACCAUUCCGACAGUACGCGGCGACGGAAUUUACCAGCUAGCUGUGGAGAUCGGCCUGCGCAAGCUGGCGAGAACAAAUGGGUGCAUGUUUUCCCGAAGGCAUAGUAAACCAGAGCGGCCGCAUGCUACGCUUCAAUGGGGCGUUGGCCGUCUGAUUAUGGAGUCCGAGCGCACGCCUGUGGUCAUUCCCAUGUAUUUCAGGGGCAUGAAGGAAGUAAUGCCGUUGCGCCAAAAGGUGCCUCUACCGCACCCAAAUCCCUUCAAGAGCGAGCUUUUCUUGCGGGUCGGCGAUGCUGUAGAUUUCACUGCGCAGAUCAGGGAAUGGAGUCUCUUGACAGUGGAGGAGAGGGAGCGGCUGGACGAGCGAGUGCGCAUUGAAAUUGUCGAUCAACUUUGGGGAACCCUCGAUAAGCUAAAAGCCGAGUCCGCACCAGAGCUGGCCAACAACAUUGUUAACUUGGGCAUUUCUUAGGUGCCAUUUUUUUUUCAGCAACGCCAAUUUCUAAUAAGCUAAUUGAUUGGGUAUCAUCAGCUGCGCUGUUAUGAUAACUGUAUGGUUAAUACCAGCAGCACGUAUAAAACGCUUUCACCAGGCGCAUUCGUGCUGUUGAGUGUGAUAAUGGAUUGGCAGUCGUCCCUUUGCGGUAUCGUUAUUGCUAUUGUGUUCCAAUUUGUGAUGAAUGGUUGGGAUUAUUUUGUGCUUUUGCGGGAUUCAUAUUUUGUGAUUUUCAAGCGAAAAAUGCAACCAAUAUGCACAGGCCUUAUCGCCAUCUCUCGGAAGCAUUGCUGGUGUAUGAGCCGACAUUCCAUCCAUCCAUCUCUUCUCUGCUCC